AUGGGGUCUGAUAUGGAUCUCCAGUUAGCCAAUGAAAACUUAUUGGAACUGAUCAACAUGCAAGAGGCUCUCUAUGCUCAAAAGGCAAACAAAACCAGGUUCUGUGAGGGUGACAGGAACUCCAAAUACUACCAUGCUUGCAUUAACUAUAGGAGGAAAAGCAAUACAAUUCAUAAAAUCCUUUCUCAGGAGGAGCACUGGAUUACCAAUGCUGAGGGAAUUGCUAAUGAUGCUGUACAUUAUUUCCAAAAAUUGUUCAGGAGUAACUCAACUGUUAACUCUACCAUCAAUGCAACACUGUUUGACAAAGAAAGAGAAUUUAACAAUAGUCUAUCGCUUACUAACAUCCCUGAUGAAAAGGAAAUUUGGGAAGCUCUUAAAUCCAUAGACAGCAUAAAGGUGGCUGGCCCUGAUGGUUUCUCUGCUGACUUCUACAAAAAGGAAAUUUGGGAAGCUCUUAAAUCCAUAGACAGCACAAAGGUGGCUGGCGCUGAUGGUUUCUCUGCUGACUUCUACAAAAAGGCUUGGCAUGUUGUGAAGGGUGAGGUUUUAAUUUCUAGAGGUUUCUCGUCCUCCUUUGUCUCUCUUAUCAGCAGGUGGCUGUCAAAUAAUUUCCAUUCAAUACUCAUCAAUGGAUCCACUCAUGGGUUUUUCAGUGCUUCUAGAGGCAUAAAACAAGGUGACCCUCUUUCCCCUACCAUCUUUAUUCUAGCUUUUGACUACUUAUCAAGAAUUUUGAAUGAGUUGGCAUCCAGGAAACCCCAUUCUCUUUAUAGUCACAAAUCUUCCUUAUUAAUCAAUCAUCUGGCCUUUGCUGAUGACAUCAUAAUCUUCACAAAAGCUUCCAAAUGUGCUGUCAAAUUAUUAUUGCAGAAUCUGGAGACCUUUCAGGAUGUUUCUGGAAUGAAAUUCAAUAAACAGAAGUACCUCUCCAUCUACAGUAAGCAGUGCAUUAAUGAGUUUAAAUCCUGGGUUGUUGAUUUCACUGGUUUAAAAAACGUGGUUUCAAAAAUAGUCACCUUCCUAUGA